AACACCUCUUGCUUUGCUUUUUGCUCCCUCUUUCUUGUCCAUUUUUGUAUCAUUCUUCACCCGGUAAGACACGAGCUGUAGCAAGAAAAAAAAAGAUAAAUAAAUACUCGAGACGAUCAUUUUGUUGUUCUACUCUCUAACGUGGUCGGCAAUGGCCUCUUCCAAGGAAAUGCAAACACCAACGAGGCCAUUGAACCAGCACCGUCAAUCGAUUUCUUCUACCUCGGCGUCUUCCUUAGGCGCUUCAAGACCAUUAUCCCAUUCACGCAACAACUCCCACACAUACUCCGCUUUGUCCGGCGCCCUCAAUGCCACCCACCGCGUAACACGUCGGAAGAGCAUGACCGGCACUGCUGCCAACGUCGCGGCUGUCGCGGCCGCUCUCGAAGAAGCAGGGGAUAAGGUUGGACCAUUACCUAUUGCUGUCAAUUCCCGCCGCGGUACCAUGUCCAAGCCUGCCACCGCCCGACCUCCAAUCGUGGGCAGCUUACCUUCUCCACCUGCUAGCUUGCCAACCCAUAGAUUCUCGAUGAAUUUGAAAUCCGAGGGCCCAGAAAACGCUAUCGAUGACUCCUCGAACGACAUGUCCGCCGAUGAGGGGGAAGCGGGUCCCCAGAAAGCUCGCAUGCGACGGGCGAGCGAUGGUCAGCCGCUAACAAAAGAGGGUAGGAAGAGCAACCGAAUUGAACUCCGCUGCGACAAGUGCGGGAAAGGAUACAAGCAUAGCAGCUGCUUGACCAAGCAUUUGUGGGAACAUACUCCCGAGUGGUCUCUCACGUCCAAGCUGCUUAUAUCCAAGCACCAACAAGUUCAACUGCUCGAAGCGGCCUCAGUUCUUGUCGCCAUGAACACGGAGGCAGCCACUCCUCCAGACUCUACCAAAGACUUUGCCAGCGACCCCGAAUCCGCUUCUCCCACCGCCUCUGGGUACUCAGACCUCCACGAUGGUCGUAGUUCAGCCGACACCACCCCACCUCCGCAUUUGGACGCUUUUAGUGCUAUGAAUUCUUUUGCUUAUCGUACGGCUUCCAAGAGGGACAGCAAUGGGAGUAGCUUUGCGCGAUCGUACCAGUCGGCCGUUUCGGGUUCGUUCUUCUCAGGUAGCGUACCAAACGGGAAUGGAUUCGGUCACGCUCGUCAUGCUAGUUCGGACCGGCGCCCCCCUUCUUCAGGAAUGAACAGCACUGGCCAAGAUGAUCGUGAUCUUGCGACAGCCAUCGAGUUACUCAGCUGCAGCUUCGGUAGCAACGGAGGGACCCGAGAUUCUAGGCUCCCUGACGAUGCUCCUCCCGUACCACCGCUACCUGCCCAGUAUCUCGAUCACGCAGCUUUUACCAGUACGAGUUUUAUCAACAGCUUUCCAUCAGGGCAGAUGCCGGAAAGUUUUACCCGGGGUGAGCUCCGGCAUACCGAGGACGUGAAGAUGGAAGAUAGUGAAAGUAGCAUAAUGGAUGAAGACGAAGGCGAAGGACGGUUUAGGGCGCGCAGCAGCGAGGAAGACGAUGAUAUGAUGUUUGGCCGUAUGGAGGAUUAAACUUGAGAUCGCUCGCCCGCUCGCUCAUUAGAGAGACGGCACGAAACGAUAAAUGGCUCUGGUUGUUUCCUUUGUGUCACAUAUAUCAACUUCUGUAAACGAGGUGGUUCCGCUCCGCUGCCGAAAUCUCAGCACCGAAGAAUGGGGGGCUCUAGGUACGAAUACUCUAAGGCAUGCUCCAAGAGGUUAAAGUGAGGAUCGGAGAAAAGCGUCGAGCGAACACCCAACCUGUCGAAACCGUAGGGAAAGUGUGGAUUUCAUUAGGCAAGGCGUGUGAUGUCUAUUAACAGGAAUAUA